AUGGCUGAGCUGUCCACCUUGCCUCCUUCUCCACCUCCGCUGGGCGACCCGUGUGCCGCUCCAACUUCCAGCUGCCCCGACUCUGUGAAUGAGCUGCCUCUGCCGAAGUCUUCCCUCUACAACGACAAAGCUUUGACUGGAAACACUUGUUCAGCACUUUCAAGAGGUCCGACCUCGACUGCUCAACCUGAGACGGAGGAGCCAGCAGGGAAGAAUCAGGAAACGGCGACCGGCAACCCAUCUGUUGCAGAGUCCGGUUCUGACCAACCUGGGGCCCAGAUAAAAACCACGCAGGAGCCGUUGUCUCCAGAUUUAAACCCCGGUCCCAAUCUGUAUCCGAGCGUCCAUGUUUCCUCUAACCCGGACCCCGACGUCGCUCAGCCGCAAACCAGUGCAGAUUUCAACCCUGCAACAUCAUCGACUGACGAUGAGGAGAAACCUCAGCCGCCACCGCAAGCACAAAAACCUCAAAACGAGCCGCCGCCGCCGUCCCCAAACCUGGACCCGGUCGCUGAAGAGCUGCCGACUACGUCCACCAGAGCGGCGCCGUCGAGCCCAACUUUGCCUGUGAUCCAAGAGCCAGUCGGCCCGCUGUCGUACCCCAAGCCAAAACCUGCGCCGGACACGCUAAGCUACCUAGACUCGGCCAGCCUGAUGUCGGGAACGCUGGAGUCGCUGUCCGGGUUGGGAGAGGACGGGAGCUCUGUGGGCUCAGACUCUGAGAUCAACGGGCUCACCUUGAGACGCACCGAUAAGUACGGGUUCCUGGGUGGCAAUCAGUACAGCGACACUGGUGAAAAGGAAGUUCGAGUUGAAGUUGCGAGGCAAAGGGAGAUGAAGUGGCUGGACAUGUUCUGCCACUGGGACAAGUGGGUCAAACAUCGCUUCCAAAAGGUGAAGCUGCGCUGCAGGAAGGGAAUCCCGUCGUCCCUCAGAUCCAAAGCCUGGCAGCUGCUGUCCGACAGCCAAGAGCUGCUGGAGGCAAACCCGGGAAAAUUUGAUGAGCUGGAGAGAGAGCCGGGUGAGGCUAAAUGGCUGGACAUCAUCGAGAAAGAUCUCCACCGGCAGUUUCCUUUUCACGAGAUGUUUGCUGCGCGCGGCGGACACGGACAGCAGGAUUUGUACCGCAUCCUGAAGGCCUACACCGUGUACCGGCCUGAUGAGGGCUACUGCCAGGCCCAGGCUCCCGUGGCGGCGGUGCUGCUCAUGCACAUGCCUGCAGAGCAAGCUUUCUGGUGCCUGGUCCAGAUUUGUGAGAAGUAUCUGCCUGGCUACUACAGCGCCGGCCUGGAAGCGAUUCAGCUGGACGGCGAGAUCUUUUUCUCUCUCCUGCGGCGCACGUGUCCCAUGGCGUACCGCCACCUCAAGAAAUUCAAGAUUGACCCGAUCCUCUACAUGACGGAGUGGUUCAUGUGCAUAUUCUCACGCACCUUACCGUGGUCCUCUGUGCUGCGUGUCUGGGACAUGUUUUUCUGUGAAGGAGUGAAGAUAAUAUUUCGCGUGGGCUUGGUGCUGCUGAAGCAGAUGCUGGGCUCGGUGGAUAAACUCCGGGAACUGCAGGGAAUGUACGAAACCAUGGAGCGGCUCAGGAACAUCUCACCCGACACCAUCCGGGAGGACGUGCUGGUGCAGGAGAUCAUAAUGCUGCCGGUGACCGAGGCGCUCAUCGAGAAGGAGUGCAGCGUCCAGGUGAGGAAGUGGAAGGAGUCCAGAGGUGAGCUGACCCACAAACCGGGCCGCCGGCUCCACGGCACCAGAGCCAUCUUGGAGUACAAGCGCCGGGCGUCGGCCAUCAGCUCAGGCGGCAGCUUUUCCUUCCUGGGCAGCUCUGCGCCGCCGCCGGGGCCGCUGCGCGCUUCGUCCAGCCUGCUCUCCCUGCCCGGUUUCCGGAAAUCCAGGGCUCCCUUCUUCUCCCAGCCUAAAAAAAUCUCCUUCUCCGGUCCUUCUGGGGCGGAGAGUCAGUCGCCUGUCGCCUCAUCGUCGGGCCAGAAGCCGCCGAUCCCUCCGGGCGCGGCUCCAAAGGCGACAACGCCGCACGUCCAGAGCCCGUUAGCCGCGGAGAGCAGCUCAGCACAAAUCCAGCCGGCUCCGCCAAACACUCUGUCGCCGAAGAUCGUUUCAGAGCAGAUCACUCCCACAAUCCCAUCGCCGACGGCCAACAACGCGCCGCUGCAACCGCUGCCGCAACCGCAGCCGCAACCGCAACCGCAACCACCAAAAGAAUCAACCCCAUCUGUGUCCGGAGAGGACGAAGGGAAGAAGAGGAAGAAAAGCAAAGAAGACAAGAAGAAGGAAAAGGAAGAUGAGAAGAAAAAGCUGAAGGAGAAGAAAGACAAGGAGAAAGUUGAAAAGGAGAAAGCGAAGAAGGAAAAGGAGAAGAAGAAAGCGGGGAAGAAAAAGGACAAAGGGACGGAGGAGAACGGAGCGACGGCCGCGGCGAAAGAUUCAACCUAGUUUUUCCCACAAUAGUUGGAAAAAAAGGGGAAAGACGGACAGAAAAACCUGAUUAAUUUAAGAUGGGGUGACUUCCUGUGUCAUUUCUGAGACUUUAUAUAUUUGAAAGACUGAUGGAGAUGAAGAUGAUCAAGACUGGAUUAUGGUUUUAAAAGCACCUGGAGUUGCGGAUUACCUCUCAAUGCUUUUUUCCCCCCAGCAACACAACUGGAGCACAGGCUGCACUGCAAAAACACAAAGUAUUACCAGGGAUUUUUAGUCUAAACUUUAGUGCAAACAGCUUGGUACAUUUGAGGUACAACAAAACUAACUUAAGUUACUUUUCAGCAAGAAGUAGGAGAAAAAAUGUUGUAUUAUUUCACUUAUAACAAUGGAAUAUUAGGCAGACACUAAGAAAACAUUACAAAAAAUGAGCAAAAAGUCCUAAAAUGAUGAGAAUAGUCGUAAUGAUACGAGGAUAAAGUCACAAUAUUACCGCUUUAUUCUCGUAUUAUUACAGCUUUAUUAUGUUCUUCUGACUUUAUGCCCGUAAAAUUAGGAAUUUAUUCUCGUAAUCCUACGACUUUAUUUUCAUGCGACUUUAUUCUUGUGUUAUUACGACUUUAUUCUUGUGUUAUGACUUUAUUCUCGUGUUAUGACUUUAUUCUUGUAAAAUUAAGACUUUAUUCUAAUCUUUUUGUCUUGGUAAAACACUCCAAAGGUCCUUUUUCUUGCUGAAAAGUCACUUUUAACUAAGUUUUGUCUUAUUUCAAGUGUACUGAGGUAUUUGGUCUAGAAA